AGUUAGUUCUGUUCUUGUAGAAUGUAGACUAGUUGUUUAAACAAACCUAUCGAUUUCAUAGUGUCAUAAGUUAACAGAUUUGAAUUUUAUAUUUAAUAACUGAAUUCAAAGUAGGCUACUUGUUAUUUCUCUACUUAUGAAAACAUGAGAAUUCAGGUUGGUUCUAGCCUAAAUGGGGUUUCAGUUUGGUGAUGAUUCCUUGUGCUGAUAUAAAAGUAUUGUGCUGAUAUAUCUGAGUUUGAAGCAUGUCUCUGGACUUCAUUGAUAUCCCUGAUGCAGGUCCUGGUCCAGGGAACUUGAGCCAAGGGUUCCAGUUAUCUGAUCAUAAAGAAAUGAUUGCAACUACUGCUUCAAUCAGCACAAUUCUACAGUUCUUGUCUGGCGCGUUGGUGUGCAAUAAGUUCGUCCAGAAAGGAACAACUAGUGAUGUAUCUUGUCUGCAAUUUGUCGCCGGAUUUUUGUCGUGUGGCCUCUGGUUAAGUUACGGACUGUUGAUUGAUGACUCCAGUAUUGUCCUAGUCAACAGCGUUGGAACGAUACUAUUUAUGUGCUACAUAUUUAUUUUCUACACCUACACUUUGCGUAAGAAUGCAGUUGUUAAGCAGGUGAUGGCAGUGCUGAUGGUAAUGGUGUCGGUGAGGCUCUAUGCCUACUGGGUGUCAGAUAUAACUGUGGCCAGGACACAUCUAGGUCUGGUAGCGUGCAGCACCACCAUAAUGUUCUUCAGCGCUCCACUCACAAAUCUGGCAUAUGUACUGAGGGUUAAAAGCGCUGAGAGUUUACCAUUCCCAAUGAUCUUGAUGACUUUCCUCGUUUCUUUUCAAUGGUUCCUGUAUGGCAUUAUAUUGGAAAAUCCGAUCAUCCAGUACCCCAACAUCGUAGGCUGUCUGUUGAGCCUGUUUCAGUUGUCGUUGUUUGUCAUAUACCCGGCUCGGUGACAUUAGCACACCUCCACCAUCCUCAGGGUGUUCCCUGGACGCGUGUUCAACACUCAAACUAGCCAGAACAGGUUGGAAAAGUGAUGUUUGUGUGUUUUUGCCCAAGAGUGUACUAUAUUAUUCUCGUUUUUUAAAUUGUGUUAAUGGAAUCAGGCAUGUGACAAAAGUAAAAGUAAGAUUUUAAGGGAAAGUGGCAUGGCUGAUUGAAGAUUUUUAAAUGAGAGUUAAUCUGUACACAAAAAGGUCACACGAUGUAACACAGAUAUUUUGUCCUUUUGCCUUCUUCAGAGUUAGAUUUAAGAGAAAUCAAUAUACAGUAGAACCUCUAUUGACCCUUGGGACCGGGAGCGUGACGGAUAAGCAAAUAGACAGAUAACAGAAAUCCUGUUAUAAACCUGAACAGUAAGUUGAUUUAAUAGGUUUUGAUACAUGUACAAGUGAAUAAUACAUUAAUAGAUUUAAAUUACUUGUAUACAAUAGUAAUAAAGAACUGUUAUUUUGUAUGUUGUGCUUGUUUGAUGUUCGUACAGUGGAAUAAAAUCACAUUUAAAAAUAAUCUAUGUACUGUAGCGGAGUGACGGAUAACAGAGAGUGACGAUUAAAAGGGUGACAGUUAAUGGAGGUUCUACAUACUCAUCAUGAGAUUGAUCUAUCAUAAAUCUAUUUGAAGAAAUACUAUUAAAUAUUAUUAUAUUUUCAGUACAUUACUGCAGUUUGUUUCUUGAAAAAAUAUAUAGAGUUUAUACUACGGAAACGAACAAAACACUGACUGGCUCGGUGCAUUCACUCAUUUCCCCACCGGGCGCUGACUGCAUGGCCCGAAAAAUUGUAAAACAUCUGAUGUCUCUGUGCUAGUUCAAUAUUUUAACUAGGAGCGGUUAGGAUUUUUUACGUUCGGAUUUUCGACGCUUUACUGUACUAUUGGUUUUGUUAACCCUGUAAUCCCAGGCCCUAAAAGUAAGCCGUUACAUAAAAACUGACUGGCAUCCCAGGAUUGAGACCCAUUUGUAAUUGAACACAAGUCUCUGCUGUUUUUAGUGGUCGACCUUUUUAAAGCAAAAUUUGCUUUAAUUUCAAUAUACAUUUAACUUAAGUUGAAGUUCAACAUUUUGGAUUUGAUUAAUUUGUUAUUUGUGUACCUAUUUUAAGCCCUUGUAAUGUGAUUUCUCAAGUAAGAUCACUGAACUGUAUUAAUUUAGUAAACAAUUUCUUAAUCAGCCAAGUCUCAUCCAUAAAGCAAAUCAAAAGAAUAAAUAAGUAUUACUAAGUUGUGAAAACAACAGUAUUAUUUUAUAGAUUCUUUCACACUAUUUGUUUGUGAGGUAUACAAUAAAUAAAAAAAAAUCUUUGGUUUAUUGAAAUGUUAAAUUCACUGAUUUUUUGAAAUGUCCCUAUGUUAUUAUUUUGAUUUUCCUUUCGCGUGUAUUUUUAGUAUUCACCAGUUAGUUUUUGAAUAGGUAUAAAAUAUGGUGAAUUUUGUUUGAUGAUUUUAAGCACUGAUUUUACGUUAUCCAAUAAUGUUUGUUCAUUUACAGGAUGUUGCACGUCUUGCAUAUUUCUUGUGUGUGUGAUUAUUUUCUGAGUCUACUGUUUUCUAUCUUAACAAAAAUCCAUCCAUCACAUUUUACAACUAUUUUAUAACUGUUUUGUCAAUUAGUUUAUUUUUUUAAGA